AAAGGGCGGCCAUAACAAAUAUUGAAGAUUAACAGCAAAGAAGGAUUUUCAACGGAAUUUCAAGCUUUUUCCCCUUCUUCUUACAACUUUAGAGCCUAAAGAUUGUUAUGACUAUUGGCUCCAGUAUGUCGUUUGAUCCAGCACAUUCUAGACUGAGAAAAAAUGCUGCAAGCAAACUUAAGCAGAGUACAGCAGAGCAGCUCGAACUAGAAACAAAACGAAUGGAAGAGAGGAUACGAGCUUUGAAAGAACAAAUGGUAAAAGAAAAGGAAGAAAGAGAAAAAUAUGGAGGAACAAGAUGGAUGUCAUCAAACAAAGGUGGACCAGCACCCUCUAAUUCUCAACAGGCUACCAAGAAAAAAACAAGCAAGUCUGAAAAGGGAUCAAGAAAGAUCAAGCUUCUUUCAGAUGAACCUCUGACAACAUAUACCAAGAAGAAUAUAAUAAAGGAAAGCUUGAGAGAAAGUUUCGGAAAUGAUAUGCAGUGUGGCCAGUGUGAGAAAGCAAAGGCUACUUUGGCUUGUGUGGAGUGUUCAGAAAACUACUGUGUUGGAUGCUUCAUGUCAUUCCAUAGGAAAGGUGCAUUGAGAAAUCACCAAACCAAAAACCUUGAUCAGUUUAACAGUGGUUUUCCUGAAGAAAAAGGAAGGAUAAGUGAAUCAGCAACCAAGAGAACAAGGGAAGCAGAUUCAAGGAAAGCGCAUGCUGGUUGUCAGAAUGGAGGCUCCCCAGGGCAGAAGAUGGGUGGAUCACUUCUACAAGGCACUUAUGACGAGAAGGAAAGUGCAGCUUCUUUCCAAGAAGCACUCAGGGCAUGGAGGGAAGGAAAGAAUAAGGAGAAUUCAUGGGUCAACCCUGCAGAUAAUGCCAAAGUGUCAUCUGUUUCAUGUGAAACAAACACGGUGCCAGACUCGUUCAAACUAGCAGAGAUCAACCUCAACUUUGGAACUAACAAAUCCAUGUCAUACCUUGACCGUUUAGUAUUGAAGAAACACCGUGAAGGUGGCCCACUACAAGCUGCCUCUCGCUCAACCAGUAGAGGAGAGCACAAAAGAUCAACCCCAAAAGACAAUAAGCCAUCAGAGGAACGAAACACUGAUGACUUUGGAAUCAACUAUCGAGAGAUAUUUCAGAAUAUCGGCGUACACUCUGCUAGGCAGAGGAGUUCAUCGAGUCAAAACUCUUCAAGUCAAAACUAUCAUGACAGAGCUUCGAUUGCUAUUGAAGAAGUGUUGGAUGAUGUUACCAAUACUGAAGAAACUACUUCCUGUAUUGUAGAGGAACAGACUGGAUAUGCUGAGAAUGCAGCUACACGUGUCAAAGCGGCGAGUCGAUCAGGAAGAGUCAGUAUCCUGGGUAUGACAGCUGAUGGAGACUUCAGAGAAGACGCCGAUGACAUCGUACCUCCUUCCGCCAAAAGUGCACCAAGUCGUUCAUCUUUGCAUAACUCAUUAGGUGGAAGUCACCUUAUGACACUGAUUGCGCAACGCGGGGUUUCCCCUGCAGGGACGCCACGUGUUUGGAGCCCCAAGCCUACAUACACAGGGCUGUCGGACUUUUUUCUGGCAGGAGUGAAAUCUCCAUUACCUAGUACCAGUUCCAAGCGUGCGCACUUAGAUUCAAGUGCCAAAAAUGCCAGCUCCAAGUUGCUAAACAGGGGAGUUUGGAAACCAGGUGAAAGUGUGUUUAUCACCGACGUGACUGCCGAGGAAGCAGAGGGAAAGGAGAGUAGUGCAGCGGGUAUUCCUCUUAUCCCGCUAGUACAAGAGCCAAGCUAUAAUACUGAAAUUGAUCGUGCUAAAGAGGACAGGAAAGUGAUGGAGAAAGGAAAUUCCAUUGAAGUAGAUGUUCAAAAUAUGCAGGAUUUUGGCAUCGUUGAUUUCCUGAAAGCAGCUCCAGUCCCUCGGAAGUUGUCCGGAGAUUACUACGACGUCCACCGCGUAUCAACCGUGUCACCGCUGACCCUGACUCCCAACCCACCGCAGUUGCAUUGGUCGGAUGAUGACAGCGAUGAUGAUGCAAUUGUCGAUGUGGCGUCACGUGCACAGUCUUGUGAGGAGCGCAUCUCACGAUGUGAAGUGAAAAAAGAGCAGGACAAUGAAGACCGUGUCACUCUGGAAGACUUGACCUGGGAACUAGCGUCGACUACAGGGAGACUGACGCAAUGCGAGGGAGAUCUGGAAGACUGUGUGGAGCAAGAACACGUGGAGCAGGAACACGUGGAACAAGAACAUGGGAAUAGCUGUGAUGAAGACAGUAUCGAAGAAAACAAUGGUGGUACAAGCCUAGGUGAUGAGAGUUGUGAUGAUAUCGAUGAUGAUGAAAUACGAUUGGAAGAUAGCUUGUUGAAAGAGGAAGUACAUGCUCUUAAGUGAUGUAAGCGCUGACACCAUGUGAUUGCACCCGACGUCCGAGAGAAAUGAUGGCUUUGUGCGCAAGAUAAAAACUCUCACUUAUUUUUCAAAUAAACGUAUCUGCACCAAGAAAAAUUAGAAGGGGUAAGAUUAAAUGGGCAAAACAAAAGUUUGGGAUUUAUAGCUAUUUCCUUCUAUUGCUAGCGUUACACGUGCUUCCAACAUAAUUAGUGUUGGUGUUUGUUUUUGAUACGAUAUGGAUUUAAUAUAUAUGGAUCAUAAUAUGUUGUUUAUGACACUUUAUAGUAUGAAUUACAGCCCAGCUCUGUUAUCCCUAAGUAAUUUAUAAUAAAAAUUUAAGGGCUUUUGAAGGUUACUAUUUAACGUUCCGCCAGAAAGAUUUUGUCUCACUUCUGAGAUUCACAAAUAGGUUCGAUGGGUGAUUAUUUAUGUAUAUACAUUUAUAAAUUGAUGUGAAGAAGAAAGAUAGAUGAUAGAUUAACAUUAAAAAGCAAUCCAUUUCCACCUCGA